AGUUUCGCUGCGGUAUCAUUCUGGGCGCCAUUUUCAUAUUUGACAUUUCUGAAUUUGAACCUCGAAGUUCGGUGUUUUUUUCUCGUCCGAUUUUCGCCCGUCUGUCUUUAGUGACCAUGACGCUGAUUGAACAAGUCAAAGAGCUGCACGCGGAGGGACUGUACUCUAACCUCAAGAUCCUGGCCAGUAUGUUGCUGACCAUGACUGACCACAGUACGGACAUGUUCUCACCCAUGUGCAAGUACCAGCUACAGGCAUACUUCGCAGACUCACUGUACGAGACAUUGGAGUACAAGAGGGCAGAGGCGAUGUACAGGAAGGCCCUACAGCAGAGGAAAGCGGCCAGUAAGAACAACCGUGCCAAGACCAGUUCCUCCACCCCCCCGCAGCAGUGGCAGCCCUCGGAAGUGGAGCUGAAGUACAAGAUCUACCAGUGCCACAUGCACCUCAAGGAGAGCAGGGACGCCAUGUCUAUUUUGGAGAGUGUACCAGCCAAACAGCGGACAGCUAAAGUCAACAUGGCCCUGGGAAAGCUGUACCAGAAGGCUGGCAUGGAGCGGUCAGCCAUCUCGUGUUUUAAAGAGGUCCUGAGGCAGUGUCCACUCUCUCUGGAGGCCAUACUCUGUCUGCUGGCCCUGGGGGUCAAGGUGGCUGAAGUUGCAGGGAUGACCAUGGCUGGAGUGCAGGGAUUGCAAAACUCAGAAUGGUUAUCAUCUUGGAUCAAAGGCCAUGCUUACCUGAGCACCAAGGACUACAGUCGAGCCAUUAACACCUUCAACACACUGGAUAAAAAGACAUUGUUGCGGGAUAACCUGGAAGUCCUGGGUGCCCUGGGUGAUAGUUUCUACAAGGCAAAUGACUACAAGAACGCUAUUGCCAAGUUUGAAAGGAUCCACAUGCUUGACCCAUACCUCCUGAAGGGGAUGGACCUGUACGCAUCACUACUGGCCAAGGAGAACAAAGCAGACGAACUCCAACAGUUGGGAACAGCACUGUUCCAAGUGUCAGACAGACAGCCUGAACCAUGGAUCACACUGGGGUACCACUGUGCAUGUGUCAAGAGACACACACGAGCGAUUUACUUUGCAGCAAAGGCAUACCAGCUUAACCAAGAAAGUGUCCAGGCCCUUCUUCUGAAAGGUUCCACCUUGCAGCAGAUAGAGAAGACACAAGAAGCCAUCCUGCACUACAGAGAAGUCAUGCGCAUGGUGCCUGAUCGACUCGAGUCUUACGAAGGUCUGGUAGAGUGUUAUCUCUCUAACGGUAGAAACAGAGAGGCUGUCAGUGUGGCACUGAAUGCCUGCAAGACUCUUGGAUACACACCCUCCACACUUACUUUAUAUGCCUCAGUUUUGAUGGAAGAUCCUCCCUCACAAGACAAGGCAAAAAGCACACUAGACCGAGCACUGUCCAUCAAGCCAGACUAUCUGAAGGCUGUCACUAUGAAAGUGAAGAUACUACAGAUCAAGCAGAAAUAUGAGGAAGCCAUAGAACUGCUGCGUAGUCAGCUGGUGAACCAGAGUCUGUGUGUCCUGCACCAGCUGUUAGGGGACUGUCUGUCUGCUGUGAGUGACUAUCAGGAGGCUUUGGAUCAGUACAGUAUAGCACUCAGCAUUGACCCGACAGACCAGAAGUCGUUGGAGGGUCUACAGAGAAUAGAGAAGAACGGGAACAACCUGGAGGCCAGUCAGGACGAGGAUGUGGACGCUAUGGAGGAUGAGGAAGAGGCUGAGUUGUUGGGGAGUGAUGCAGAGGCCCAGUGGUCUGAUCAAGAACAGUGGUAUGGAGUGCAGUAGGCCAAUGUCAACACUUUGGAAAACAAC